AGCUGAAACCUGUACGUUGCUGGAAGGUUUUCUCCGGCUGCCUGAAAAGGAAGGAGCCUCAAUGGGGCUAUUGCAAUUUCUUCCUACGUUGUCGUGGCAGGGUCUGGUGCCAAGGUUUGUGUUUUGAUACCUUGAUGUGAAAUAUCAACAAGAAUUCUGGUCUUUGUUCCUGCAACAAAAACUUAGAGAAGAAUUAUCAGAGAGAAUGGCUAUGUCUCCAGUGAAUGUACCCCAGGUUCUGACAUUCAGGGAUGUGGCUGUGAACUUUUCCCAGGAGGAAUGGGAAUGUCUAGAGUCUGCUUCAAAGGCCUUGUACUUUGAUGUGAUGUUGGAGAAUUACAGCAAUCUAGUUUUUGUUGAGAAAUAUCAUAUAUGUGGGAAAUAUAUGAAUGUCUUGGAUCAAGGAUCAAAGCACAUUGUCUAUCACCCUGUGAAUAUCCAAGAGAAGUCUUAUGAAAAUAGUGAUAUUGGAAUAUUGGGCCACAAAUUCACCCAUUGUUCACCUUAUAGCACAAGUGAUCUUACAGAGAACUGCAAAAAGUAUGGAUGUGAUAACCACGGGGAUACCUCUAUUGAAUCAACAAACCUAAAGAAUCAUAAAAGUAGAAACACUGGAGAAGACCCUUGCAAAUAUAAAGACUGUGGGAAAUGGUUACAUUUGUGUUCCAUCAUUAGUCAAAGAAUUCACACUGGAAAGGAACUACACAUAAAUAUAGACUAUGAUAAGUCAUUUGACCCCAAACAUACACUCAUGCUGAAACAGAUCUCUAGUAUAGAGAAAAUACACCAAUGUAGGAAAUGUGGAAAGUGCUUGACGGCCUACUUGAGUCUUGGUAGACAACAGCGAACUCAUUCUGGAGAGAAACCCUACAAAAGUAAAGAAUGUGGGAUGUGCUUUUAUCUCUUUUAUCAGGUUAAAAACCAGUAUAAAACCCACAAUGGAGAAGGACCUUACAAAUAUAGUGAAUGUGAAAAAUGUUUCAUCCAGAAAGACCAUCUUAGCACACAUCCUAAAAUUCAUACAGAAGAGAAACCUUUCAAAUCUAGUGAUUGUGAGAAAUCCUUUACAUAUGUCUCCACACUUAGACAACAUCAGAGAAUUCAUACAGAAGAUAAACCUUACAAAUGUAGUGAAUGUGAGAAAUCCUUUGCAUAUAUCUCAAGUCUUAGAAAACAUCAGAAAAUUCAUACAGGAGAGAAACCUUACAGAUGUAAUGAAUGUAAGAAAUCAUUUACACAGGCUUCACAUCUUAGAAGACAUCAGAUUAUUCAUACAGGUCAGAAACCUUACAAAUGUAGUGAAUGUGAGAAAUCCUUUGCAUAUAUCUCAAGUCUUAGAAAACAUCAAAGAAUUCAUACAGGAGAGAAACCUUUCAGAUGUAGUGAAUGUGACAAAUCCUUUACACAGGAUUCACAUCUUAGACGACAUCAGAGAAUUCAUACAGGACAGAAACCUUACAAAUGUAGUGAAUGUGAGAAAUCCUUUACACAGGUUUCAAGUCUUCGGAAACAUCAGAACAUUCAUACAUGAGGAAAAUUAUAAAUGUAGUGAAUGAGAGAAAUCCUUUACACAUGCCUCUCAUCUUAGAGUACCUCAAAGAAUUCAUUCAGAAGAGAAACUUUACAAAUGCAAUGAUUGUGAUAAAUCCUUUACAUAUGCCUCAGAGUACAUCAGAGUGAAAUCUUACAAAUGUAGUGAAUGUGAAAAAUCCAUUACAUGCAGUUCAAAUUGUAGAAAACAUUUGACUAGUCAUACAGGAUAGAAAAUUUUGAGUGUACUGAAUGUGGCAAAGUAUUGAUCUUCCUCUUUUAAGAAUACAUGAGAAAAGUCAUACUGGAGAAAAAAGUUUCCAUAGUCAGUAAUGUAACAUAUGCUUUAUCAAAAGCUCUGUCCUUAGGGAUCACUGCACCACCAUACAUGGUCAACAUUAUGAGCAUGAGAAAUUUGUGCAAGCCUUUAAAUAAUGUGCAAACCUUACAAAAGAGAGUUUAUACUGAGCAAAAAUUCUGAAAAUGUGACAAUGUAGGAAAUUUUUCAAUAAAGCAUUUUACUUUUUCAACCUCAAAAAUAGCAUAAGAAUGAAAAAUCAAGAUGCUUGUAGACUGCUAUGGUAUGGCAAGGGACACACUAAGGUCACAAGAAACAAGAACAGUUCUUACUAGCUGAUGUGCCUUUCUUGCAAAAGAUGGAUUGGUGAUCAAAGGCAAUGAUUAAUUUUUUUUGUACCCAAUUUGCCCUCAGCUUUUUGACAUGAUUUAAUAAAAUCUGCUGAUGAGUGGGUAUGCACUCUGAACAUUAAAAA